AUGGCAAAUCCUCUUUCCCCUCUCAGGUCCUCUUUUCAGAACGCGCGAGCGCUUUCUCCCAAGCUCGGCUCGUCGCCGUUCCUCACCAAAACAAUCGAAGAACAAGCCGACUCAGGACUUCGCGUUCCGUCAAGUCCGUUAAAAAAAGCAUGGACAGCUCCUGAAUCAUCAAGACCCGAUAUUGGCUACACGAAUGAAAACUACAUACCUAACGACAAUGACGACUUUCAAGAUACCGAUAGCUCGCCAUUCCGUGAUGAUGCGCGAGAAGACACAGUUGAUUUCCACAAAAUGCAAGAGUUCCAACAGCGAACACCCUCACAAUCACGACAUCGCUUUGGGAUGGCGCCAGUAGAAGACCCUAUGAGUUCUCCUUUCCGACCGGACGGAAAAGAUGAAACAGUGGAUUUUCAAAGACUGCGUGAGAUACAACCAAUGUCGCCCGGCCUGAGUAAGCGUCUUGCGAUCGAUAACCCGGCUAGCUCUCCAUUCCGUCCGCAAGGGAAGGAUGAGACUGUGGAUUUUGAUCGUUUGUGUGAGCUGCGGGCCGAGUCACCUGGUUUCGAUCAAGAGUCUCUGGACCCCGACAGCUCUCCACUACGCCCCGACCCCAGAGAACAAACCAUCGAACUUGAUGACCUCCAAGAGUACGAAUCCAAACGUGAUUCUAUUGGUGAAUCCGAGUCACUUCCUCCGGUGGCUCACAGUUCACCUUUCCGACCCGAUGCCGGAGAUGACACGAUCGAUAUGCAAAAACUGCGCCCAAAAGCCCGCAUAUCGCUGGGCAUGGAGAUCAGUCCGUCUAAUGCUGCCACGCCCCGAAAGCGUUCAUUUGAUCAGACCCCGUAUGAUCACGAUGAUGACAAACAUACUAAUGAGCGGGCGAAAAAGGGCAUGCUUAACAGAGCUGACGGUCCUGAUAUUCACGUCGACAUUGACGAGGAGUCCAGCAUUAUUCAUGACCAAAGUUUGCUUUCAACUAUUAGUGUCACUCAAGACCCGUCUACAAUCGGAAAUAGUAUGAUUGAAGACAAGCAAAAUGAGGGCAUGAGUACAGUUCUCCACGAUGGUGACGAAAUGGCAGAUAAGGAAAAUACAGACCACUCUGCGGGAGAUAAUGCUAUGCCGAGUGACGAUGAUUGCGAUGCCAUGGAUGAUACUGGCCUGAGUAAUUUCUCCGUGCUACCAGACAUGACCUCCUUUGCGAAGCUUCGUGCCGAUUCGCCUUUGAAGUCCAUGCGUGGCAGUUUUGGGCCCAGCCCAGGCCCUAGUACAGACAUCUCCCGUCGCAGUGUCGACCCAGCAACUCCAGGCACUGGGCGCAGAUCGCACAAGGCCGGUGCCCUGCUCGAUAUCGAUUCACCGAUGGGAUCGCCUACUCCUAGGCGACGAGUUUCUCGAGAUGUUGGCAACCCCAACAAUACUCCCAGCUUGCUCGAAUUUUCCGAUCAAAUGAACUUCUACCCCCGUCACUCAAUGCAACAAAAUUCCCAGUACUCACCACGCCGGUCUCCUAUGAGAAAUGUGCGGCAAUCCAUGCGUUCGCCAUCGAAAUUAUCUCUCCUGGAUUUCGAUAUUCCGCCCGCACCAACACCACGCUCCAUCCCCACUGUCACGCCCCGCGAGUUGGAGUCGCUGAAAUCCGGCUUCAUGUCAGAAAUUUCCUCGCUCAAGGCCACUCUCAGUGGCAAAGAGGCGGAAGUCGCCUGUUUGAAGACAGCAGUCGGGGAUGCAGAGAGACGAGUUGGAGAAGCCUUGGAAGAAAUUCGCAAUGAAGCUGCUCGGAGAGAGACAUUGGAAAUUGAGCAGGCUGAAUGGGAUCGUCGAGGCAAGGACAUGGAACGAGUCCUGCAAUCCGUCCGCGAUGAGUUGGAAGAGGGCGAACGUGAGCGAGAUCGGCUCACCCGAAGGGCUGAAGAGGCAGAGAAGAGGAAGGAACAGCUCGAAGGCAGAGUUGUAGAGCUUGAGAGUCAGUUAUCAACCGCGCGUUCUUCCACAUCAGAAUCUACAACCGCUCCGGGAUCGCGACGGGCCUCACAAUCGGCCGAGGACACUGCACGGGAAGUGCAAGAUGCCGUUGAGAAGGUCGCUCGUGAGCUUCACACCCUCUACAAGGGCAAGCACGAGACUAAGGUUGCGGCGUUGAAGAAGAGCUAUGAGGCUCGCUGGGAGAAGCGUCUUCGGGAGUCAGACAACAAGCUUACCGCCGCUCGCGAGGAAAAUGAACGGCUCAAGGCUGAGCGUGACGCUGCCGACUCCGAAUCCAUAGCAGCUGCUAACGUCAGUAUGAUCGCCCGUGAAAACGAUGAGCACGAAGCCCAAAAGCGUGUCUUUGAGGCUCAAAUCCAGGGUCUGCAACAGGAGAUGGCGGUAUUGAAGGAAGACAGCGAAAGAUUGCGAUCCGAGCUCAAAACUGAGCGUGCUGAAAAGGGAGAGCUUGUUGCCGCUGUAGAUGAGUGGUUGAACAUCCAGCAAACCCAGCCCGCUCCAGCUCAGCAAUCUGAACGGGCAGCUUCUGUUUCAUCUGCUGGUGUCCCCGAAGAGGAUUACCAAUCGGCUAGUGAAGCUCCUGUCGAGAACUUUCGUCGGAGUGUGAGCCGCUCUGGAUCUAGCGGUAUCCGCCCUCCCUCCACGACUGAGAAGAAAAGCCGGUUCGGAGCCCCAGCUAGUCAUUCUCGUGGUAACAGCGGAGGCAAAUCCGGCAUUGCUGUGUUCACUCCUGGUAGAGGUGGAAUCAUGAGCUCCAUUGAGCGGAUGGGACGUGGAGGUGCUUAG